CCUUCUUCUCGUAGUUUGUACAAUUUACGCAUGCGCAAAAAUUGGCGGCGCGCGCGAUUUCACGCGCGAAUUUCAACUUUUGAACUUUUGUUAGCACGCUUGACCUGUGCGUGCGUUGAAAGAGUGAGAGCGCGCAGCACAGUGUCAGUGUAGAGCUAGCUAGCCAUGGACGACGACUUGGUGUGUAACUACAGAAAGUGUCGGAAAAGACUCACUAACUUUGCCUGGGUGACUUCCUGCUCUCACAUAUUCUGCGAUGAAGAUGGUAGCAGGGAGUUCAGUAGACAGGCCACCUGCCCUGCAUGUGAGACAGAGCUUCCUGCACAACUGGACAUCACAAAGGUGGACCUUCACCCCAGCGAGCAGUACAAAUCAAUGGUGCUGGCAGGUCACAGACCGGAGGUCGUCAUGGAGAUAUGUUCUAGAGCACUGUCCUUCUGGACCUAUCAGUCCCACCAGGAGAAGGCCUACCAGGAGUACUGUGCCAGCAAAGCCAUGGAGAAGGCUCAGGCACAGGAGAGCCACUAUCGGCAGACCAUAGCAGUCCACUCAACAGAAAACUCAUCUCUCAAGACACAAGUAGCAGCUCUGAAAAGAGAUUUGGAAUCUACAAGGACAAAGUUCAACGAGGCCUCGGAGAAGUUAGUGGAGAAAACGCGACAGUACCAGAAACUGCAGGGAAUGUAUGAUACAAUGAGAAGACGUAACGUGGUACCUGCUGCAGUGUAUGAAGAUGUUCGCUACACUCCGUCGAGACAGGUUUCUCACCAGAGGAGAGGUUAUGAACUGACCCCAGCUGGCUUCCCCUUCGACAAGGAAGCUUCUCUUCCUCAUCGAGCCCACCAAUCUCAUCUGCAGCCAUCAAACUUGACCAAGAAACCCCACCUUCAGGCCCCAGUUGUACCUCUGCUGGGACAAAGGAGAGGAGGUGACCAGAUAUCUGAUCAGUUUACUAUCUCCUCCUCCUCCUCCGCCGCUACUGCCAGAGGUCAAGAGUUCAACUUUGACCCCACCAUUGCUUCUCUUAUUAAUGCUUCCUCCAAUGAUCAUGACGAGUCGGACCUCCCGCACGAGGAGGAGAUUCUGCGCCAUCCGUUCCAGCUCAAGUGCUGGCUCCGCUACAUAGAGCACAAGGGCAGCGCUCCUAAGGCCGUAAUCAACCUCAUUUUCGAACGAGCCCUCAAACAGCUCCCUGGAAGCUACAAGUUGUGGUACAAGUACUUGAAGCUGCGAAGGAAGCAGGUUAAACAGAAGUGUGUGACAGACCCAGCCUACGAGGAGGUCAACAAUGCAUUCGAGAGGGCUCUGGUCUUCAUGCACAAGAUGCCUCGGAUCUGGCUGGACUACUGCCAGUUCCUCAUGGACCAGAGGAAGGUGACCAAGACGAGGAGGACAUUAGAUCGAGCACUCCAGGCUCUCCCUCUCACCCAACACCGGAGGAUAUGGCCACUGUACAUCAAGUUUGUCUGCUCUCAUGACCUCCCCGAGACUGCCAUCAGAGUCUAUCGCAGACACCUCAAGCUGAUGCCAGAGAACACAGAGGAAUUUGUGGAAUAUCUGAUGUCUAUUGACAGACUUGACGAGGCCGCAGUCAAGAUGGCCGACAUUGUCAAUGAUGACAAGUUUGUGUCCAAGGAGGGCAAGUCCAAGCAUCAGUUGUGGCAGGAGCUGUGCAUCCUCAUCUCCAAGAACCCAGAGAAGGUGACAUCGGUCAAAGUUGAUCCGAUCAUCCGCGGAGGAAUUCGCCGGUUCACCGAUAUGAUUGGUCAGCUGUGGUGCUCUCUCUCUGACUACUACAUCAGAGCUGGCCACUUUGAAAAGGCACGAGAUAUCUAUGAAGAAGCCAUACAGACUGUGACGACGGUGAGAGAUUUCAGUCAGGUGUUUGAUGCCUACGUUCAGUUUGAAGAGAGCAUGAUCCACGCCAAGAUGGAGACCGUGGCAGACAUGGGCCCCAGCGGAGACGACGACCUGGAUCUGGAACUGCGCCUGGCCAGGUUCGAGGAGCUGAUGGAUCGCAGACCGUUCCUACUCAGCAGUGUGCUGCUGAGGCAGAAUCCUCACAACGUUCACGAGUGGCUGAAAAGAGUUAAACUUUUCGAAGACAAGCCACGAGAAGUCAUCAAUACAUUCACGGAGGCAGUACAGACUGUCUCCAUGGACCAGGCAGUUGGGAAGGUCCACUCUCUCUGGACCAGCUUUGCCAAGUUCUACGAGGAGAAAGGUCAGCUGGCGGAGGCCAGGGUCGUCUUUGAGAAGGCCACGAGAGUUCCGUUCAGGAACGUUGACGACCUGGCCACUGUGUGGUGUGAAUAUGCCGAGAUGGAGCUCCGCCACGAGUUCUAUGACAAGGCUCUGCAGUUGAUGCAGAGGGCCACUGCCAUGCCAACCAAGAGGGCCGCCUACCACGACAAGAGCGAACCGGUUCAGAACCGGUUAUUCAGGUCUCUGAAGGUGUGGUCGAUGUACGCGGAUCUCGAGGAGAGUCUGGGAACAGUGGACUCCACCAAGGCUGUCUACAAUAGGAUCGUGGACCUCAAGAUUGCAACUCCCCAGAUCAUCAUAAACUACGCCCUCUUUCUGGAGGAAAACAACUUCUUUGAAGAGGCUUUCAAGGCAUAUGAACACGGAGUGUCUCUGUUCAAAUGGCCACACGUCUUUGACAUUUGGAACACGUACCUCACGAAAUUCAUCAAACGAUAUGGAGGAAAGAAGCUGGAGAGAGCUCGUGAUCUGUUCGAGCAGGCUCUGGACGGCUGUCCUGCCAAGUUCGCCAAAACCAUAUUCCUGCUGUAUGCCAAGCUGGAGGAAGAACAUGGACUGGCAAGACAUGCCAUGUCUGUCUACAACAGAGCUACCACUGCUGUACUGGCUGAGGAACAGUUUGAGAUGUUCUCCAUCUACAUCAAGAGAGCAGCCGAGGCGUUUGGCAUCACUCACACCAGGGAGAUCUACGAGAAGGCAAUCGAGGUGCUCCCUGACGAAGGGUCAAGGGACAUGUGUAUGAGGUAUGCUCAGCUGGAGACCAAACUAGGAGAGGUGGACAGAGCUCGCUCUAUCUACAGCCACGGGUCACAGUUCAGUGAUCCCAGGACGACCAAGUCCUACUGGAAGGUGUGGCAAGAGUUUGAGAUUCGCUAUGGUAACGAGGACACCUUUCGUGAGAUGCUUAGGAUAAAGAGGAGCGUCCAGGCCCAGUACAACACUCAGGUCAACCUCAUGUCGGCUCAGAUGUUGGCCACUGCCAACAAGGAGGUCCAGGUCACAGGAGAGAGUCUGGAUGAGAUGAGGUUGCUGGAGGAACAAGCUCGCAGGAUCGCGGAAGAGGCAAAGAAAGACAAACCCAAGACCAUGACCUUUGUCAAGAGCAGCGAGGCAUCAGCAGAGAUGGAGGAGAUGGCCAAAGUGUCGGGUGCCAACCCGGAUGAGAUAGAGCUGGGGGACAGUGGAGGGGAGGAGGAGGAGGGUCCCGAGCCGGUACCGGAACCUGGCCAGAACCAGAAGGAGGUGGAGAUCCAGGAGCAGGUGGUCCCGUCUGCUGUGUUUGGAUCUAUUCCGGAGGAGAUGCAGGGAGCGGUGCUGGGCGCCAGGCAGAGGUUCUCUCUCACAAAGAAGACUUGACACAAAAUCUAUUUUUAGAGAAUUCCGUUUUCACCAUUGUCAUUGUUCUAACUCAACCUCAGUGUAUAAUUAUACUGUGAAUUAUACAUUAUUCAAUGUGAUUGGUUCGUGAUGAGGUAAUGUCAGUGAUUCGAUGCAGUGCUGUCGUCAAUGGUCUGCUAACAGUUGUCUGAAGAUGACCUUGACUUCACUGCUUAUCCACUGUCCCACUUGCAUCUACCUGCACAAGUACAAGUAGUAGUGA